CCAUGAGCCAGCCGAGCUCCCCGUCCUCCAGACCCGCUCUGACACUCCGCCUGUCCCCCUAACACACACCGCACCACCAUGAAGAGGCAAAACGUGAGGACUCUCGCCCUCAUCAUCUGUACCUUCACCUACUUGAUAGUGGGGGCCGCGAUCUUCGACGCGCUGGAAUCCCAGAAGGAGACGACCCAGAGGAUAGAGCUGCACCUGAAGAAAGUGCAGCUGCUCCAGACGUUCAACUUGUCCAAGGAGGACUUUGACGAGCUGGAAAAAGUGGUUCUGCAGCUGAAGCCGCACAAAGCCGGCGUGCAGUGGAAAUUCGCCGGCUCCUUUUACUUCGCCAUCACUGUGAUCACGACCAUAGGUUAUGGCCAUGCAGCCCCCAGCACAGAUGGAGGGAAGGUGUUCUGCAUGCUUUACGCCCUCCUGGGCAUCCCUCUCACCUUGGUCAUGUUCCAGAGCGUGGGUGAGCGGAUCAACACCUUUGUCAGGUACCUGCUUCACCGCCUGAAGAAGUGCCUUGGAAUGAGGCGCACCGAGGUAUCCAUGGUCAACAUGGUGACCAUCGGUUUCAUAUCCUGCAUGAGUACAUUAUGCGUAGGUGCUCUGGCCUUCUCCCACUUUGAAGGGUGGAGUUUCUUUCAUGCCUACUACUACUGCUUCAUCACGCUCACUACCAUCGGCUUUGGGGACUACGUGGCGCUGCAGAAUGAGCACGCCCUGCAGAGGAAGCCGGAGUAUGUGGCCUUCAGCUUCAUCUACAUCCUGACGGGUCUGGCUGUGAUUGGAGCAUUCCUCAACUUAGCAGUGCUGCGCUUCAUGACCAUGAACGCUGAGGACGAGAAGAGGGAUGCUGAACAGAGGGCUCUCCUCGCACAUAACGGUCAGGCAGGUGGACACAUCAGCUGCUCCAUAGACCCAGCCUCUCCCUCCUCCACGCAUUCUGGGUGCGGCGGAGGGAGUGCAGUGGGAGGAAGUGGGGGAGGAGGAGCGGCAAGCCGGGGUCUGCGUAAUGUUUAUGCUGAGGUGCUCCACUUCCAGUCCAUGUGCUCCUGUCUUUGGUACAAAAGUAGAGAGAAGCUGCAGUACUCCAUACCCAUGAUCAUCCCCCGUGACCUCUCCACAUCAGACACCUACAUGGAGCAGGGAGAGGCCUUUUCCAAUCCCCUACACUCUAACGGGUGUGUGUGCAAUCUGCAACACCACUCAGGAAUCAGCUCAGUGUCCACGGGUUUGCACAGCAUCAACACCUAUAGAAGACUCAAUAAACGCAGAUGUUCCAUCUAGAAACCCAAAGGACUUUGUGCAUUUCGAUGAAGUCCCACUCGAAGUGAGGAAGAGCCCUCCUACUGUGGUACAAGAUUAGCUGUGGACACCAAGGGAACUCUACUCGAAUUCUGAAGUGAUGCAGACAUUUGCUUCUUUGUGGCACUGAGACGGAUGCAUCCUUCAGAUUCCAGCCAUGUAUUUAACUUCCAUUAAUUAAGCACAAACCAUUUAGCGCCAGCAUUGGUACUGAUGUUACAGAGAAAUGACGCUAAUGGUUGUUUUAGAAGCAGUCGUUGCUCAAUCUCUAAGACUAUCGCAGUUGAAAGCAUGCAUCUUUCUGCAUCUCUGGAUAUUGAGUAUCUUAAUAUUAAACUCAGUAUUUUCUGUGUUCAUGAGGUAGAAUUAUAUGCUCUAAUAUGAAAAGGGACAAAAUACACUGUGAGAUACACUUCUAAGAGGGAUUGGGGUGUACUAACUGUAUAAAAUCCCUGCCAAGAUAUAUUUUAUUUGAAAAAAUAUAUCCACAAUCGUUGGUUGUGGGAAGUAUGAUGAAGUCAGUAAAAUCAAAACUUGUAUAUAUUCGGACACUUCACUAAUAGAUGUUAUGGAGGGAAAACCUAUUUUUUCAGUGAACAUUUAAAAAAAAAAAAAAAAAUCACUGUCUUCUCCUGUGUGUCUACAAUUCAAUUUUAAACCAGACUUUCUGCUAGGCUAUUUUUUUCCCCAUCCAUGAGAUUAAACCACCAUGUAGGUGCUUAAAUGACUGAGAAUGAUUGAGCAGGUUUGCUGCAGAACAUUUUAGAGGAUCAAACCUGUGAUAGUGUCUUCAACCACUAAGGCCUCCCUCCUGCCCUAUUUACACAAAGUUUCUUCUUGUGCAUCAAACUAUCUUACGUACAUGUUGCUCGUCAUAUAGAACAACUAUAUUCUCAUGGUUUAAAUUAGAGCAUCUGAGCUCACUUGUGUGUAGUAGAAAGUCAUUAUUCACUGCUGCACCUUAGAGGACUGUCGUACAGGCUUUCGUACACUGGAACUCAGUGAGCCAUUUUUUUUUUUUUUAAUGGAGUCACAUUUUGUUGACGAUACACCCCAAUUAACUCCCCCUGCAUUACCGCACAGAGCCGUUUGAUUCAGUAAUGAUGACUGAGAAUAUCAGGAGUCCAUCUCACUUACUGAUGACCUCACAUUUUGCACCUCAUGCACUUAUGGGGUCUUUACUCCAGCCCCGUCUAAACUCACUUGACUCGGCUAGUCGAGGUCUUUAUGCAGUGCUCACUUUGGCUUCAGUCCUCUGAAGGAGUUUUCUUACAUAAUCUUCAGCUUAUUAUAUUUUAGUUUAGUGGUUUUACUUUGCAGAGUGUCAUUAGUGUCAUAUUUUUAUUCUUUUUUUUUUUUUUUACUGGAAUGUUCUCAUUAACUGCAAUAUGCCUAUUAACAUUGUUCAGCAUCUCUUGUUAACUGAGUGAUGAACAGUCAGCUUUGUGUGU